AUGGCGAAACAUCCAGUCAUUGCUAUUGCGGGGCUUGCCUGCGAAACGUCUGGAUUCUCUCCGGCUCGGACCUCCGCAGCAGCCUUUCACCCUCUUCGUGAUAUCGAAGUAAUUGAGAAUCAUCACUUUAUCCACCCCGGAACGCCACUCGGAGACGCAGCGGAUUGGCGAGGUGCACUCAUUGGCCACGCCCUUCCCGGCGGAAUUGUCACCAAAGCGGCAUUCGAAGAGCUUGUGGGGGAGAUCCUGACCCGGCUGACAGACAUAUGCAAGUCGAACCCGAUCCAUGGUUUAUGGUUUGAUAUCCAUGGAGCAAUGUGUGUCGAGGAUCUAGAUGACGCCGAGGCGAAACUUCUUCGUCGAGUCCGGAAUGUCAUCGGAUCCCACGUCAUCGUAUCGGCAUCAAUGGAUCUCCAUGGCAAUGUUUCACAGGAACUUGCACACCAAACGGACCUAAUUACAUGCUAUCGGAUGGCUCCACACGAAGAUGAGAUGGAUACGAAAGAACGCGCAUGUCGAAAUCUUGUCGCGUUAUUGGUCGAGCGUUCAUCGCCAGAACGACCAUUGAAGGCCUGGGUUCCGGUCCCCAUCUUACUGCCAGGAGAGCAGACUUCGACACGAAUCGAGCCCUCAAAGGGACUUUAUGCACUUGUUCCUGAAGUUGAAUCAAUCGCUGGAGUGCUUGAUGCUGCUAUCUGGGUUGGCUAUGCUUGGGCGGAUGAGCCACGAAAUCACGCGGUUGUGAUGGUGACGGGAUGGGAUGAAGAUGCCGUGACCACAAGCGCGCAAAAGCUUGCAACUCAUUUCUGGGACUCCCGCGAAAGAUUUCACUUUGUUGCACCAACCGGAUCUCUGACGGAGUGCAUUGACACUGCCCUACAGUCCAAAUCACGACCGUUCUUCAUUUCAGACUCGGGUGACAACCCAACUGCUGGAGGCGCGGGUGAUGUGACAUGGAGUCUUUCGAGGGUGCUCUCUCGGCCCGAAUUCCAGCACGAAACAGGUCCUCGUGCCAUCUACGCCAGUAUUCCAGGACCAAAGUCGAUCGAGCUAAUCGUUCGGGCCGGCGUGGGAGCUAUUGUGACAGUCACGGCUGGCGCCGAGGUUGACAACACCCACGGGGGGCCGGUCUUCCUGACAGGGCGAAUACAUGCGAUCAAACAUGGAGAUCGAAAUGCCAUGACCGAGGCUGUCGUUCAAGUCGGGAGUGUGUUUGUGAUUUUGACUCAACUGCGCAAGCCCUAUCAUCUCGAGAAAGAUUUCACUGAGCUCAAUCUCGAGCCCCAAUCGGCAGACAUCGUGAUAGUCAAGAUUGGAUACUUGGAGCCUGAACUUUUCAACAUGGCAGCGGAUUGGAUGCUUGCUCUGACACCAGGAGGUGUUGAUCAGGAUCUUCCCCGCCUUGGGCACCGACGCAUCCGCCGUCCUAUGUGGCCGUUUGAUCGGGCCAUUUCUAAGCCGCCCGACCUUACUGCUCGAUUGAUACCAGCUUCUGAUAAGCCACUCAAGAUCCAUCCUUUGAUGGAAAGCCAUUCGUGCUAG